UUUGCUCUACUUUCUUCUUCUUCCUUCCUUCCUUUCUUCUUCAGUGUCAUUUUCUGAGAUAUGCUCUCGAGAGAUACACCAUAAUACUCAAAACCCAAAUCCAAAAAUCCCAUCUCUCUCUUUUUUCAUCUUCUUUUUCCAUUUUCUCUCCCCUAUCUUCUUUCUCUCUCUACACCAUUUUUCUCUUUAUUUUGGGUUUCUGGGUUUGUUUUUUGCAAGUUUUUCUGAGUUUUCCCAUCUGGGUUUUAUCAGAUUCCAACAAAAAACCUAUCUUUCCCCAUCCCCCAUGAAAAAAAAUCAAAUCUUGAAAUUAGCUUCCCCAUUGAAGAUCCAAAGCUUCCACCUUUAAUUUUUCCCUUUUUCAAAAUUCAAUACCCCAUCUUCUCUUCUCUUUUUCCCAUCUUUCUUUUCAUUUCCUUCAUCAUCAAGUUAGCAAGAAAAAGAAAGCUGCUAUAAGUUUGUUAAAGCAAGAACAAGAACAAGAGAGGCUAAGGAGAAAAAAAAAAAGAUGCCCUUAGAAGGUAUUUUUAUUGAACCUUCUUCAACCCCACUUCCUGAUCUCUCUCUUCAAAUCAGCCCUCCAAAUGCUUCUUCUUCUUCUUCUUCUUCUUCUUCUUCCUCCUCCUCCUCCUCUUCUUCUUCUUCUUAUUCUUCAAUUAGAACCCUUAGCCAUGGGUUUUCAGAAAAAAGUUUUGAUCUUUUGAUUCAAAGAAACUCCCAAUUCCAAAAUAAUAUUUUAAAUGACCCUCGAACUCAAACCGAGCUCUCUCUAGGAACCAACAACAUUAACAACAAUAAUUCGUUCGGUGGAGCAACACUGCAUCCACCGCUACCGCUCCCGCAUGUCCGGGGCCUUUCGAUGUUCGAUGUAUCAACGGACGGUGGUUUACGACCGAUCAAAGGGAUUCCGGUGUAUCACAACCGUCCAUUUCCAUUUUUGGGUGUGGAUCAAAAAGAUCACCAUUAUUUUCACCAAUUUCCAUCAGCUUGCUUCUUCCCAAAUUACUCGAACACGAGCAUGAACGGCGGCGCCGUAGGAGGAGUCGUUGAAAUGGGUUAUCAUCAUCAUCAUCGAGGUGGCGGAUCAGUUGGAGGAAAUAAUAUUAAUAAUAAUUGUUCAGCGAGGUUCAACAAUGGGGUUGUUUCUGUAGAAGCAAUUAAAUGUUUGAAUAAUAAUAAUACUAAUAGUAAUAAUAGUAGUAAUGCAGCUUCUUCUUCUUCUGAUGUUUGUUCUCAUGGGAUGAUGAUGAUGAGAUCCAGAUUUUUGCAGAAGCUUCCUGCAAAACGAAGCAUGAGAGCUCCUAGAAUGAGAUGGACUACUUCCUUACAUGCUCGCUUCGUUCAUGCUGUCGAACAUCUCGGUGGCCAUGAAAGAGCAACACCAAAGUCAGUUCUUGAGCUGAUGGAUGUUAAGGAUCUAACACUAGCUCAUGUCAAAAGCCAUUUACAGAUGUAUCGAACUGUUAAGACUACUGACAAACCUGCAGCUUCCUCAGGCCAAUCGGAUGGUUCGGGAGAGGACGAUGUAUCUCCUACAAUGGGCACGACCAGAGCGGAUCAUGGCUACAAGCAAUUUUCCGAUCAAAGAGCUCCGCUCGACCGGUCCAGCCAGCCGCCGCCGGAUUUGGAAUUUGGCUGCUCCACACUUUGGUCUAAUUCUUCAAGAGAUGUUUGGCCACAUACAAACUCUAAUGAAAUGGAUGUCACUAGACCAACUUUGUCUACACAACAAAAAUCCAUGCACCAAAUUCAGCUCAUCAGUCACCGGCGGGAACCACAAAUGGCCGAGAACCUGAUCCGUUUCGGCAUUGUUGGCUGCGCUGAGAUUGCCAGAAAAGUGGCUAGAGCCAUAAACUCAGCACCCAACUCCGCCGUCUCCGCUAUUGCCAGCCGAUCACUUGACAAAGCCUUGAACUUUGCCGCUGUCAAUGGCUUGCCAGAAACUGUCAAGGUGUACGGAAGCUACCAUCAGAUUCUUGAUGACCCUUGUGUGGAUGCCGUCUACAUGCCACUGCCGACCAGCCUUCACCGGCGGUGGGCAAUUUUGGCUGCUGAGAAGAAGAAGCACAUUCUCUUGGAGAAACCUACGGCGCUGGACGUUGAAGAGCUUGAUCAGAUUCUUGAUGCCUGUGAGUCGAACGGUGUGCAGUUCAUGGAUGGAUCUAUGUGGCUGCAUCACCCUAGAACUGCUAAAGUGAAAGAGAUUAUCUCUGAUCCUAAGCUUUUUGGCCAUGUUAACUAUAUUCACAGCACAUCAACAACAUCAGGAACAAAACAGUUUCUUGAGGAAAAUAUAAGAGUAAAAUCGGACCUGGAUGCUUUGGGUGCAUUGGGAGACUUGGCCUGGUACUGCAUUGGAGCCCUCUUGUGGGCAAAGGACUAUGAAUUGCCAAUACAAGUCCGUGCGCUACCAGAUGUUACCAAGAACAAAGCGGGUGUUAUCUUGUCCUGCACAGCCACCCUUCAUUGGGGCAAAUCAUCAAACGAAACAUCUGCAACAAUUCAUUGUUCUUUCCUAUCUCAUACCUCCAUGGACAUAACCAUAUCUGGUACCCAUGGAUCGGUGAAUGUUUACGACUUCAUCAUCCCUUACCAAGAGACUUCGGCAUCAUUUGAUAUCACCUCAGGAGCAAAGUUUGCAGAACUCCAUAUUGGAUGGAACACAAAACCAGAGGAAAUUGAGGUGGUCAAUGAGCUACCACAAGAGGCUCUGAUGAUUGCAGAGUUCUCAAGGCUUGUACAGGCCAUAAGAACAAGAGGGUCUUGUCCUGAUAGCAAGUGGCCACAGAUAAGCAGGAAGACACAGGUGGUGAUGGAUGCUGUAAAAAAAUCCAUUGAUACUGAUUGUAGACCAGUGUAUUUGUAGUUCUCUUUUUGACAAAGGACAAGCUUAUCGUAUAAACAACAUCUACAUAAACUAAGCUAAUGCUAUUAAAGAAAGGUUUUUGGGUGGAGUGGACUCUACCACGGAAAACUUCUGUGAUAA